AUGAAAAUGACAGUCGCGUCCAUAGCCAUGCAUUAUACCUCGAUGCUCAGCACCGCAUCACAACCUGUAUUCAACAGGCCCGUCAUCACUGAGCGCGAAUAUCAUAUCUCUCGCGCCCUCAACCUUACACUCCUAUCGCUCAUGGUCGUUUUAUCUGUGGCGACUGUCGGACUCAAAGCGAUGACUCUUGCAUUCAUCGAAGACAACCACGAUAUGGGAUUUGUCUUUGAAACCGGAGAUCCCGAACCCACCGUUCUGGCAGCGUUGCCCGGGCGGUUGUACACAGCGCCGGCAAAGCUGGCCAUUGUAGCCGGCGUAGUCGCUUUUGUGAUUGGGGUUGUACAUGCAGCAUGCGUGCUAUGGGAUUGGAAGCGUGGUAAAUUCACACAAUCAUAUGCCUUCCGUCGCAACAGCAUGUUCCUGCACUUCUGCAACUCUGUACUUGUGCUCUUCUCCUUGGUUUCCAUCUUCAUCACGCACAAAUCAACCUCGCAUUUCCAUGAACGAUACAUCAUGCGACAAGCGGAUCGCUUUAACGAUCCAAACAAUCCCUUCAACAACAGCACCGAUAAUGAUGGCAUCCGUUAUAACAUCGGCACUUUCGACCUCGAGACUUGGAGCUGCGAACUCAAGACCGUUGAAGGCGCUAGGAGAGUAUGGAGUGAGUACGAGCGACAAUGUUCCAUUGAAAUGGCGGGAAGAAUCCUCGUUAUACCUUUUAUGAUAACAGCCUUCUUGAUCGCCGGUGCAUGCAUUGCGCAGAUGAUGAGGUGCAGGAGGGAUGCCAACGGGGAACGCAUGAAGACCGAGGAGGUGAGCAUGGAGAUGGGCAAGUUCAACGCCAUCUAA